AUGGAACAACCAGUGGAGGGAGACGUACCUAUACCUUCCUCGUCUGACAUAGACAAAAGCUGGAAAACUGCCGAGGAGCACAUGGAUGCAGCCGACCACAAGCAACAGACCAAAAGGAGCCUUGAAGACGAAGAGGAUGAUCGACCGGCCAAAAGGCUAAAGAGUGGCGGAGGAGAAGUCUACGAGGAGAUUCGGGAAUGGAAGAUCGGGGCGGUUACGUAUCCGCAUUUUGUGGACGAUGUCGGUAGCGCCGACACUCAUCACGAUGACCGCCACUUCAGUAGUAGCGAAUGGGGGAUUUUCAGAGUAAAUGCCAUGAAGGACGUUGAGGAGAUUCGGGACGAGAACUCCGAUGAUAGUUCCAACAGCGACGGUUCAAGCGACGACGAGGACUGUACCGACUCGAGUCAACGGUCUAGCCAACGUUCCGGGACACUAUCGCCUCGACGAUCGCCCAGAGACACUACAAAUUUUCCCGGCAUU